UCCGUCUAGAAAGCUCCCACCGGAAGCAUGAGUUUUAGUUGUACGUCAAUGUACAGUUAGAUAUAUAGCACUAGAUUUGUAUUAAUUUCCCCCCCACGAUAGUUUAAUUGUAUUGUUGAUAAAUACGAAUAUGGCGAAUCCGAAUUGUUCUCUGAAAGUGAACAGAGAUCUGCUGGAUCCCGGCUUUGAAAGUUACAGAUUGUCUUUAGACUCCAUUCCAUGUUAUAAUGUGGAUCUGGAUGCAGUGGUGGCGGAGGUGAAACUGAAAGACAGUCAGUACACUCUGGACCACAUGAAGGCUUUCGGCAUGUACAAUUACCUCCACUCUGAUCCCUGGGAUGAAGAGAGUGUUUACUUCAUUGACUGCAAGGGAAGAGUGCUCAAUAUGAAGGUCACGCUGGACACGGCACUGGGGAAACCUCGAGAGGUGUUUCGGUUGACCUCUGACCCCAGCUCACUUGAUUUGGAAAGGCUUUGCUCCUCUCUGAGUCUGACCUCUGCUACCUGGGCCGCCCUCUCAGACGGGGCCGGAUCUCUGACCCUGUUACACACCAGCAAGAGAGGAGAGAGCUCUCAUCUAAAGUGGGAACCCAUGUUCAGCGAAUCUCUCGGGGAGCCUUUCACCAUCCUGAACAGCGUUUCCCACGUCCAGGCAGGGGUUCAAACGUUCGAGCUGCUGCUGCUACGUAUCCAAAAAGAUCCAGAUGAUACCAAAGGCAGUGGAUUUUCCACCACCAUCGAAUGGGUGACUGUAGAUAACUCUGCUGGUGAAGAAAAGAAGUAUGAAGUGAGGAAAAGGAGGUUGAUGAAGGGCAAGUCAGUACCUCACUACACUGCUGUGGAGCCUCAGGGGAAAGGGGUGAUGGUGGCAUCAGAAAAACCCUUCACCUUUACACAGGUAGAUGGCGUACCACUGGAGGAAAAACCACCUGAAGACAUGGAGGUGGAAAACAGCGCACCCAUCUACUUUUGGCAGCAGACUGAAGAAGACGUCACGGUGUGCGUUCGUUUGCCCGAGGACACAACGAAAGAUGACAUCCGCUUCAAGCUGUUGGUGGACAAUGUGUGUGUGGGUGUGAAAGACUAUGCACCUCUGUUGCAGGGUCAGCUUUUUGCUCCCGUGGACCCUGAGGCCAGUGUUUGGACCAUUAAAGAUGACAAAAGUUUGGAAGUACAUCUGCAGAAGCGGAGUGAGGGGCCGCUCUGGUCUGAGCUGGUUUUGGGUGAUAAGAGAGGACAGUAUAUUGUGGACGAAGAACAGGCUGCACAGCUGCAUCAGAGACUCAGUUACCUCACUGCUGAAGAACUGAAUGCUAACCCGGACAAAGAUAAGCCUCCGUGUAACGCUCAGGAACUGGAGGACUGUGAUCUCUUUCCUGACGACAAUUCAACAUUAAUGCGGUUUGAUGGUGCCACCUUGAAGCCCACCCAUGUGGUGAACCUCGGCAGCCACCAGUACCUUUUUACUGUAGAAAUAAAUCCAACUGAAAUGCCAGCUUUCUGUCUCCGGCAUGAUGUCGACGCCUUGCUGUGGCAGCCGCAUCCCGAGCAGCCAGAUGCUUUGUGGGAACACAUCGCCACUUUCAACGCACUGGGUUAUGUGCAGGCUUCGAAGAGGGAUAAAAAGUUUGCGACAUGCGCUCCCAAUUUCUCGUAUGCGGCUCUAGCAGAGUGCGUAAGGCGAGUUUUCAUCUACCGGCAGCCGGCAGCCGUGGACACGGUUCUCUUCAAUCGCAAACAAGGCCGCCAGAUUGGCCAGAUUGCCAAGCAACAGGUAGCCAGUCUGGAGUCUAACGAUCCUGUGCUGGGCUUCAGGGCUACUAAUGAAAGACUGUUCAUUCUAACAUCCAAAAAUAUGUUCAUCCUCAAGGUGAAUAACUGAAGAAAUGGCUGUAUGGGAGAUAUGAGGUGAAUGAAUCAAGUGUACCUGUUUUCCACUUAAGUUCAAUAAGCAAAUGGUGUCUAAAUAUUGUGUGCUACUGGAGCUGCUUGUUAGCUAAUGAAAUAGAUAUUAACUAACAUCCUUCAUGUGUUUAACUACAUCAAAUAUAAGCUGAUGCUUUUACACAGAUUGAUCCAUGAUCAGUAAUUCAGUGUUUAUGUUCACUACAUUGGGCUGAUGAUUUAUUAGCAAAAUGUUCAAAUUGGUUAAAAACAAAGUGAUGUGCUUUUAUUUGUUUAUACAUUACAUAGUUAGCAGAAUCACACAGUGCCCAGAAACAGACUGCCAACUGGUGGGUUGUCGUCUUGAUGCAGAGAAAAAAGGUUUUUCAAUGAAUCAAGAAACACUGGAUGACUGGAUGACAAAAUUAGCUGUUGCUUAGCAACCUCAGUUUAAAACAUUAUGAUUGUGGCAUGUUGUUCAUACAUAUAAACACAUAUCAUUCAUUACCUCCUUUAAAGGGAACAGAUAAGUAUGUGCUUAUUCUGUGCUCAGGAUGUCUCAUCUGUUUAGAGUCAUGUUAUUUGCUCUCAAGAUUUUUGAGAGCAAGGAAUUUUACCCCUGAUCGACAAAGUUUUAGGAGGCAGUUAUACCAGGUAGCUUGCAUAGUUGUUGCUAAUUAUAUUUUUAUAGUAUAAUUCUUGUUAGUGACAUUAGCCUAAUAACUCCAGUGCAAAAUUUAGGCACCAUAUGUACGCUAGUAAGCUGAAUUGGCAUAAGUGGUGGACUUGAUAUGUACCCAAGCCAUUCCUUUAAAUUUGUUUUACUCCGUUCUUUUUUCAGUCGACCGUCUGUGGUCAUUUUGACUCAAGGGUUGUUUAGUUUAAAAUGAUAUUCUGUAUGUGUGUGUCAUUUUGUAAAAAAAUAUAAAUAAAUAAAUAAAUAAAAUGAAUGAAA